AUUUAUAUUCUCGUUAACUUUUUAUUCGUCUUUUAUAAUCACGAUUUGAAUGAUAAAGAUUUUUGAUCGCGUUUAGUCUAUUUUAAGAAAGUUUUCACUAAGUCAAAACUAUCUGCCAACAGACUAACCUGCUCAGGUUUGCCAUAUACGAGUAAUUCAUAAUGGCUGUCGAACCAACAGAGGAAUCUUUUGAAGGAACAGACACUUUUAUGGUCAGAGGCUUUCCAUUUGCCAGAUAUUUCAAAAAAGAGAUCAUAGAAGGUAUUAUGGAUUUCAUGCCAGACGAUGACGACAUCAUCAUAGCCACUUAUCCCAAGACAGGCACGACUUGGAUGCAGUACAUCGUCCUGCAAAUACUGACUCGAUCGGAGAGCUUUCCGUCUUUCAAUGACAUGCUGGAAAAAGUCGUUCCAUUCCUCGAAAUAUCUGGUGUUUCAGCAGUUGAAGCAAUGACUACAAAACCUCGCGUUUACAAGCACCACUUGCCGUACAACGCUGUCAAGAAAAAUCCAAAAACUAAAUUAAUUUAUGUUUAUCGUAAACCCGAUGAUACGCUGGUAUCUUUUUACCACAUGUGGAAAGGUAUGAACGAUAAGCUUGAUUUUGACGAACACUUUAGCAAUUUCGUGAAUGGCACCAUCGCGUGCGGGCGAUAUUUCGAACACAUUCUGUCCUACUUGGAACACAGGGAAGAUGGAAACAUUUUGUUUGUUUCGUAUGAGGAGUUGCAAAUUCACAGGAAGGAAGAAAUACUACGUAUCGCUAAGUUUUUGGGUGAAGAACAUCACGAUGCGUUAAUCAAUGAUGAGUCGAUUUUGAAUAAAAUAACUGAAAAAACUAGUUUUGAUUACAUGAAGAAAAAUUUGAACUUUUCUGUGCCCAAAGAUCCGAAAGAAGAUUUGUUUUCCAAGAAAGACGUUCCUAAAAAGGACGUGAAUUUCUUCAGGAAAGGCAUCAUUGGGGAUGGAAAGAACCUUUUGACAAAACUUAUUGUUCUUNUAUUUAUAGGUUUGAGAUAA